UGGUCGAUGACGAAGACUUGGACGAGACGACUGAGAGUUCCAACCUUGACGACCCCAUCUCUGAUGAGCCUGAUGAUAGUCUCAUUGGUGGCGACAAGACCAGCGCUGACUAUUAUUUUGAUUCUUAUUCUCACUUUGGUAUUCAUGAAGUAAGUACACCUCGUCGGAACUACCAAUUCGGGAAACGUAAUUUUUUAUAAUUGUAAUGGAGGAGUAAGAUGGGAGUUCAAUUGACUGGUUAUGGUAGCCCCUGAUGGUUUUGAAUUUGUUUAUCCUGCAUUACUUUGUUUGGAAUUUGUCAAUUGGUCCAUUUGUUUUGCAACCUGUAUUCCUUUUAAUUUAAUUGUCAUUCCAACAGUGGUUUUGUCUUUUCCCAUGCUACAUAUUGCUUCAGUCAUCAUUCCCUGCCUUAUGGAUAUUAUUAUUAUGUUUCAACCUUUUUCUUAAUUAUUGUUUUAUGUAUCCAGGAAUGCCCUGGAAGCAUUCUGUAUAUCCUAUUGUUCCUCUGGCAUGAAGACUGGGAAUGUAUGAAAUAGUUCUGUAGAAUGUUAGUUAACCUAGCUAAAAGCCGCUUAGUGGCUAUGGUUUCUAGGUUACUCAUAAGACAGCCAUCUUCCUAUAUGUAGUUGCAACACUGCAGUUCUAAUGAUUGAAUAUUGAAAAAACUUGGAAGAAUACUACGUCCUUUUCAUAUAGGAUGCACAGGCGGACUUCAUGGAAAGAUGUGUAAAACACUAAUUGCAGUAGGAGGCGGCCCAGGAAGUUUCUUACUAUGUUGUUGGGAGGAAAUGUUAAAGGAUACAGUAAGGACUAAGACAUACCAAAAUGUUAUUUACCAGAAUGGUUUCCUGUUCAGGAACAAAGUGGUCCUUGAUGUGGGAGCUGGGACUGGAAUAUUGUCUCUGUUUUGUGCAAAAGCAGGGGCAAAGCAUGUUUAUGCAGUUGAAUGCUCCCAAAUGGCGGAUAUGGCAAAAGAGAUUGUGGAAGCCAAUGGAUUUUCAAAUGGUGAUUAUUAUUCCAGAAGGCUGUUAAUUCAUAAAUAUUUCUCCCACACCCCCCUUUCAGUCAUAACAGUUUUGAAGGGAAAAGUUGAAGAGAUUGUGCUGCCAGUUGCUCAAGUGGAUAUCAUCAUUUCAGAAUGGAUGGGCUAUUUUCUGUUGUUUGAGAAUAUGUUAGAUACAGUGCUGUAUGCACGUAAUAAAUGGCUUAUUAACGAUGGAAUUGUGCUACCAGACAGAGCUUCUUUGUAUUUAACGGCUAUUGAAGAUUCUGAUUACAAAGAAGACAAGAUUGAAUUUUGGAAUAAUGUAUAUGGAUUUGAUAUGUGCUGCAUCAAGAAACAAGCCAUGAUCGAACCUCUAGUUGACACUGUUGAUCAGAACCAGAUGGUUACGAACUGCCAAUUACUCAAGACUAUGGACAUCUCUAAGAUGUCUCCUGGGGAUGUUUCUUUCACUGCACCCUUCAAGCUUGUGGCAGAACGCAAUGAUUACAUCCAUGCUUUGGUUGCAUAUUUUGAUGUCAUGUUUACGAAGUGUCACAAGUUGACUGGCUUCUCAACAGGGCCAAGAUCACGGGCCACACAUUGGAAGCAAACAGUUCUAUACUUGGUAGAUGUAUUAACCAUAUGUGAAGGGGAGACAGUAGUUGGGAGCAUGACCGUGGCGCCCAACAAGAAGAAUCCACGUGAUGUAGGAAUUAUGCUCAAGUAUUCAUUGAAUGGCCAGCAUAGCCAGGUCUCAAGAACUCAACAUUAUAAAAUGCGUUGAUUUGUUUUGUGAUCCUCCAUGACAAGAAUACUAUGAUUCUCUCCGUGCAAUACUUCAUGAGAAAGCAUAUAUUUUUCUUACAAACUAUUUGAUGGAGGAGAAAGAGCUAGGUGGUUCUAAAUGUAACAUUUGAUUUUUUUUUUUUUUAUUAUUAUUAUUAUUAUUAUUAUCAACUCCACUUGAUUCUUCUGAGUAGCCCCCAUAUGAAUGUAAUGUGUUCAAAUUUUAAGUUGAUUUUUUAAUAAUUGUUGUGCA